GGUGAGCCAAAGGGAACUGGGUGGAAAAGAGGCCAGACAGCAGGAGCAGGACGUAGCAAUGCACCACAUUCUGCUUCUGAGACGGUGGUUGCAGUGUGCAGUGGCUGACCAACAUGCAAAGCGAUGUCGGUCAGAAGCAUCAGGGAUUGGCUGGGAGGAUGACCCUACCUUUGAACCACUUCCUGAUAACCUGCGUGGUUCACCUGCAGGCAAAGCUUGCCGGUCCCUGCAGUCUUUGUCCAGCAAAGGAAGACGGAGCAAGACGUCUGCAAUGCCUGAAAAAGAAGGCACACCAAUGGAGCCUCUGCAGCCGCAGACACGAUGCCUGCAGUGUGGGGAGAAGCUGGAGUGGUCAGACGAGCACAGCGUCCUUCUUGGCUGCUCGUGCUGCUCUUCAGUGGAUGAGACCAUUGAAAAUGUAGCUAGAGGCCUGGCCAGUAAAAUGAAGAAGAAGAGUCACUGGGCAGCUGGACGAGUUGGUGACAUUGACUUUUGCGGCUCCACCAAGACCCGAGGAAAGUUUGUGAAGGUGCGCAGCAACACAGAACCGGUGCAGAUCUACCAGAUGCUGACACAGGAGUGGGGCCUGUCCCCCCCACACCUGGUGGUAGCAGUGGUGGGGGGGGAUGAGCUGGCUCAGAUGAAGCCUUGGCUCCGGGACACACUCAGAAAAGGACUUGUGAAGGCUGCACAGAGCACAGGGGCGUGGAUUCUGACUAAUGGCCUUCGUUUCGGCAUCACCAAACACUUGGGCCAGGCUGUGCGUGAUCACUCCCUGGCCAGCACCUCCUCUACCGUUCGUGUAGUGGCGAUUGGAAUUGCGCCUUGGAACAUGAUCCACAAUCGAGAAGCGCUGCUCGGUGCCAAGGUGGAUGAACCCGCGGUUUACACGCCACAAGACUUGCCUCAUGGCUCGGUGUAUUCCCUGGACAGCAACCACUCUCACUUUGUGCUUGUGGAGGAGGACUCCACCAGACCAGGAGCAACCAGUGAAAUGAGGGUGAAGCUGCUCAAACACAUCUCACUUCAGAGGACCGGAUAUGGAGGUGCAGGAAGUUUUGAAAUUCCUGUUCUUUGUCUUCUGGUCCAUGGAGAACCCAAAAUUUUAAAGAGAAUGUACAAAGGCAUCGCCAACUCCACGCCGUGGCUGAUCCUGGCAGGCUCUGGAGGCGUGGCCGACAUCCUUGUCACACUGAUGAAUAGAGGCUGCUGGGACACAGACAGCGUUCAUGAGCUCCUGCUGGACACCUUUCCUAAUGCCCACCACAGCGCAGACAUCAGUAACUGGGUCAAGCUGAUUCAGAAGAUACUCGAUCAUGGACAUCUCCUGACCGUCCACGACCCCGAACAGGACACGUCCGAGCUAGAUACUGUCAUUCUCAAAGCUCUCGUCAAAGCUUGUAAAAGCCAAAGUCAGGAAGCACAAGACUUUCUGGAUGAACUAAAGCUGGCGGUGGCGUGGAACAGAGUGGACAUCGCCAAGAGUGACAUCUUCAAUGGGGAUGUGGAGUGGAAGGCCUGUGACCUUGAAGAAGUCAUGAUGGAUGCCUUGAUCAAUGACAAACCAGACUUUGUGCGCCUUUUUGUGGACAAUGGCGUGAACCUGGGCGAGUUCCUGACCUAUGGCCGCCUGCAGGAGCUUUACUGGUCGGUGUCAGAGAAGAGCCUCCUUCACAACCUGCUCCUCAAGAAGUACGACGAGAAACAGCUCCUGCUGGGGGCCGCCAGAACACCGGGUCCUCCUGGACAUUAUCCUUCAGAGCAAGGGAAACCUCGCUUCACACUCUUUGAGGUCGCCAAAGUGCUCAAAGACUUCCUGCAUGACUCCUGCAAAGGCUUUUACCAAAAAGUUCCCACUGAGAAACCACCGAAAGGUCGGCUUUUCCAAAGCCAGAAGAACCUCCCAGAGAUGGAGGAGCUCUGCGAGCAUCCUUGGCGGGAUCUCUUCCUCUGGGCUGUCCUUCAGAACCGACAGCAGAUGGCCAACUACUUCUGGGCAAUGGGCCCCGAGGCGGUAGCGGCAGCGCUGGCAGGUUGUAAGAUUCUGAAAGAGAUGGCACGCCUGGAAUCUGAGGCAGAGUCUGCGCGCAGCAUGAAGGAAGCCAAGUAUGAGCAGUUUGCCCUUGAUGUCUUUGGAGAGUGUUACUCCAACAGUGAAGACAGGGCUUAUGCUUUACUCGUGAGGAGAACUCACUGCUGGAGCAAAUCUACAGUACUCAACUUGGCAACUGAGGCUGAUGCCAAAUCCUUCUUUGCCCACGAUGGAGUUCAGGCUCUCCUCACUAAGAUCUGGUGGGGCGCCAUGACGACCGACACAGCCAUUUCCAAACUCGUGGUGUCCUUCUUCUGUCCUCCACUCAUCUGGACCAACCUCAUAAAGUUCAGUGACGAGGAACUGGAUAACCGGAACAGCAACAAGCAGUUUGUGGAGCUGGACAGUUUGGACACAGAAAAGGCUUUAAUGCUCACCGAUGAUGACGACCCCCUAGACUCUUCUCCUGGAGGUCAGGCGUCCCAGAGCUGCGCUUCAGUGUGGUGGCGCUUCUUUCUCCGCCGCUGGCGCCGCUUCUGGAGCGCUCCGGUCACCGUGUUCCUCGGCAAUGUCAUCAUGUACUUCGCCUUCCUCUUCCUCUUCACCUACGUGCUUCUUCUGGACUUCAAACCGCCCCCCCGCGGUCCAGGGGUUCCAGAGAUUAUGCUGUACUUCUGGGUCUUCACCCUGGUGCUGGAAGAAAUCCGGCAGAGCUUUUUCACCGAUGAGGAAAUGAACAUCAUAAAGAAGUUUAAGCUCUAUGUGGAGGACAACUGGAACAAGUGUGACAUGGUGGCCAUCUUACUCUUUGUUAUUGGAGUUUCUUGCAGAAUGGCAGCUGGCACUUAUGAGGCAGGAAGGACCGUUCUGGCCAUAGAUUUCAUGGUAUUUACCCUACGUCUGAUUCACAUCUUUGCCAUUCAUAAACAGCUGGGACCCAAGAUCAUCAUUGUGGAGAGAAUGAUGAAGGACGUUUUCUUCUUCCUCUUCUUCCUGAGCGUGUGGCUCAUCGCUUAUGGAGUGGCCACCCAGGCGCUUCUCCACCCUAACGAUCCCAGGAUUGACUGGGUGUUUCGCAGAGCUUUGUACCGUCCCUAUCUACACAUAUUUGGUCAAAUACCCUUGGAGGAAAUAGAUGCUGCUCGAAUGCCUAAAAUUAACUGCACCGAUGACUCCAGUGAAAUUGUCGAGGGACUUCUGCCGCCGUGCCCUAAUAUCUAUGCAAACUGGCUGGUUAUUCUACUGCUGGUAAUCUUCCUACUUGUCACCAACGUCCUACUUCUCAACCUCCUUAUCGCCAUGUUCAGCUACACAUUUCAGGUAGUUCAGGGCAACACAGACAUCUUCUGGAAGUUUCAGAGAUACAACUUGAUUGUGGAAUACUACAGCCGCCCAGCUCUGGCGCCACCCUUCAUCAUCAUCAGCCACCUGUCCCAGCUCUUCCUCAGCCUUCUCAAACGGCCUGAGCCCAAGCAAGAACAUCUUGAGAGAGAGAUGCCAGCAGGACUAGACCAGAGGCUAAUAACAUGGGAGACGGUGCAAAAAGAGAACUACCUCGCUAAACUGGAGCGCCAGCACUGGGAGAGCAGCGAGGAGAGGCUCAAGAGUACCUCAUCAAAGGUUCAGAGUUUGCUGAAGAUUGUUGGUGGAUAUAAGGACCAAGAGAAGCGACUGGGAUCCAUGGAAGCUCAAGUCAGGUACUGUGGUGAGGUCCUGUCCUGGAUGGCCGAGUGCUUCGCUCAGAGCACGCUCAAAUGCGGCAAAGACGCUCCAAAAGCUCCAAUGUCUCUGACAAGUGGCAAAGCGGAAAGUGAUGCAGAAGCUCCUCAAGGUCACCAGAAGAAAGAAGCCAAAAAGGAAGAGAAGGAGGCCAGAAAGGAAGAAGAAUCAAAACCACCGGUCAAUUUGGGAUACGGUGCCAACAAGAAAUUUCCUUACAUCGAUGAAUAAAAGCCAGAAUCAAACAUACAACUAAUCACACAAUGUCCCAACCCCAGUUCUGAUCCAGCCAUGUCAUUAGGGCUUUUUUUUCAUCAGUGCAUAACAGGAACCACGCUCUGCUCACUAGAGGAAAUGAGAUUAUCUGUACACUACCAGUCAGAAUGCCUGUACAGUCUGCAAUCAAAUCAUAAAAACUCUACUAUGACUUCCAUUCUGUCAGAAUAUAGGUCAUACUUUCAUUGAAUUAAAUUAUUACUGAGAUCACACUGGAUAGUAGAAUCACAGCAGGGUGCAUUAUAGUAAGAUAUUGGAUAAAGCUGCACAGACAGACAAACGAAAGUGGCUGAUGACCGCAUUCUAAAUGUGGAACUAUGACAUAAAUGUGAGUAACUGAAGCAGAAAUCAUAAAGCCAAGAUAUUGUAAAACUACAGAUUGUUUGCUAAUUUCAAUCACUGUGAAUUCUUUUGAAAGGUAUAAAUAGAAACCAAAACAGAAACAGAUAAACAAUCACCCUAGAUAACAACAAACAAAAAGGUCACAUUAGCCCGGAUAUUUGGUAUAACACCUCCCAAUGUGGAGAAAAACCCACCAUCUUUUGAAGUGACUUUUAAAGCAUUAACAGCCUACUAAGUUUUGAAAACGUCAUCUAUGAUGACAGACUUGCAUAUGUAAACAAUGCUUUUUAUGUGAUGCUUCUUAGCAAUAAACUCUGCCAUACAAUCUG